GAAUAUGAUUGGUCGAAAUCACAAAGACACAAUCUGACGUGGCAGUUUCUCAGUCUCCAGAGUUUCCAAAUAGUGUGCGAGGGGGCGAAGACAUCUCCAAAGUAUUGUUUCUUCAUCGCUUCAGAUCAUCAUCCAAUGGCUGUCAACGCUCCCAUAUCGUCUCCGGCAGCUCACCCGCGAACACAGUUUCUCUCCAAUCCCGUUCUCCCCCGCUUCCAACGGUCAUACUCCGCCGUAAAAGCACCAGCCGCAGCCUUCUCCGUCGUCUCAAUGGCUCCUCAGAAGAAGGUGAACAAAUAUGAUGCCAAGUGGAAGAAACAAUGGUACGGGGCGGGACUAUUCUUCGAAGGAAGCGAAGAAGUAAACGUCGACGUUUUCAAGAAGCUUGAGAAGCGAAAAGUGCUGAGCAACGUUGAGAAAUCUGGUCUUCUCUCGAAAGCAGAGGACUUGGGAGUCACAUUGUCAUCUCUUGAGAAGCUUGGUGUUUUCUCCAAAGCAGAGGAGCUCGGUCUUCUCAGUCUCCUUGAAACUCUAGCCGGUACAUCCCCUGCGGUCUUGGCCUCGGCUGCACUCCCGGCUCUGACGGCUGCUAUUCUAGCUCUGGUGCUGAUUCCUGAUGACUCUACUACUCUGGUGGUUGCUCAAUCGGUUUUGGCUGGUGCUCUUGCGCUUGGAGCUGUUGUUUUGUUGGUUGGUUCUGUUGUUUUGGAUGGACUUCAAGAAGCUGACUGAUUCUUUGCUAUGUAAAAGUUGUAAACCAAACUUAAAUAAACCUUUUGUCCAAUUGA